AUGCCUAUGACGAUCAACAACGACGAUGAAAUGAUCGAUUCGUCAGGACGGCAGUGGAGUUUGGGAGGAGGAGAAGAGGGUAAUAGGAAGGACAUUGGAAAUGUAUAUGGCUUGUUGGUUGUCACCACGUUAUUGCUGAAUUUCGACCACGGCGCGAUUCCGGCAGCGUUGGUUGAUAUUGCAGAGGAAAUGAAAUUGAACUUUACUGAGCAGUCGCUACUAGGAGCAUUAGUGUUUGCUGGACUCACGGUUGCAUCGCCAGUUGCCGGAUAUUUAUUUCAAAGAUAUUCACCUAAAGUGAUUGUUACGGUGUCGUUGAUUGUCGAGAGUUUAGCAUUGGGAUUCUUCAGCGUGAGCAAGACGAAAUCGAUGGUAUAUAUGUUUCGAUUCGUGACGGGUGUAACCCAAUCCUUCCCGAUUAUAUAUGUCCCUGUAUGGGUUGAUGAAUUUGCACCUAAUGACAAUCAAACUCAAUGGAUGGGGUAUGUGCAGAUUGCAGUAGCAGGCGGAGCGAUGCUUGGAUAUUUGGUGGCUGGUCUAGUUGCGCGAUUCGGUGGUGCGUUGUAUUUGACGUGGCGAUUCAACUUCUUCCUCCAGGCUGUACUGUUUGUACCUAUCCUGUUAGGCUUCCUAUUCACUAAGAAGAGAUUGAUCGAUGUUCCGAUGGAUCAUUACGAGCUCACGGAAACUGCUAGCAAAAGCAUUCAGCGUAUGCCAUCUUUCGGGUUUACUCCUCGUAAACGACCAUCGAUAUUGGCAGCUUAUUCUCCUGGUCCUUGCCAGAGGUUGCUGGACUCGGCCAAGCACCAUCAUCAUCAUCAUCCUAAAGGCUUUUGUGCACAGCUCAAACGCCUAUUAGCAUCACCAUUAUUCGUUUGUAUGACGUUCGCCCUCUGUGCGCUGUACUUUGUUGUCACUGGUGUACAGUACUGGGUUAUGCAAUACUGUAUGGCUAUAUUUCACACUUCACGUAUCGCAGUAGUUCUGUUCUUCACUGUUGUGAGCUCGACCGCUCCCACCUUAGGCGUGUGGUUUGGUGGGUGGUCUUGUGACAAGCUUGGAGGGUAUCGUGGAGGAUCACAGCUCAUAUCGCUGAAGCUCUCUCUGUGCUUUGCACUCAUAUCUGCGAUAAUGGCAAUCGCCUCCUCGAUGGUUACCGAGAUAAAGACCUUUGUGGCUGCUCUGUGGAUCUGCCUUUUCGCAGGAGGUUCACUCAUGCCUAUAUGUGUGGGGGUGCUCAUGACCACCGUACCAGCGUAUAUGAGGUCGUUCAGUUCGGCGUUUUCGAUGCUCAUCUACAACCUUUUCGGCUACUUCUUAGCGCCAUUCUUGUCAGGAGUUGUUAUGGACAGAUACGGGUGA